AUGCCCUGCGUCCAAGCCCAGUACAGCCCUUCGCCCCCCGGCUCCGGUUAUGCGGCUCAGACCUUUGCCUAUGGCUCCGACUACAGCCCCGAGAUCAUGAACCCCGACUACGCCAAGCUGACCAUGGAGCUGUGCAGCGGGGAGAUCAGCGCCAGAGCCACCACCUCCCUGCCCAGCUUCAGCACUUUCAUGGAGGGCUACUCCGGCAGCUACGAGCUCAAGCCCUCCUGCCUAUACCAAAUGCCGUCCUCCGCCGCCUCCUCCUCUUCCUCGCCGUCCUCGGGCAGCCAGCGGCCCCUCGUCAAGAUGGAAGACAGCCGCCUGCACGGCUACCACCCGUCUCUGCCUCCCUCUGCGGACGAGGGCCUGGCCAACCCUCCUCUGUACUUCAAGCAGUCCCACCUGAUGGACACCGCCCCCAUGAAAACCGCCCCGGGUCGCUUCCCCCUCUUCCAUUUCAAGCACUCCCCGCCCCACACGCCCCCAGCCGGCGCCCACAUGUGCUACGACACCGCUGCCUUGAGCCUGUCCAUGGCCCCGGAAAGGCCUGCCGCCGGCCAAGCCGCGAUGGAGAGCCACCCCUACGGGCUGCCCCUGGCCAAGAGGGCGGCCGCCCUGGCCUUCUCGCCGCUGGGCCUGAACCCACCCCCCUCUGGUCUCCUGGGCGAGAGCGGUGGCGGCAGCGGCCUCCCCUCACCCCCUAGCAGAAGCUCCUCCUCGGGGGAGGGCACCUGUGCCGUGUGCGGGGACAACGCGGCCUGCCAGCACUACGGGGUACGCACCUGCGAGGGCUGCAAAGGAUUCUUCAAGAGGACAGUUCAGAAAAAUGCAAAAUACGUUUGCCUGGCUAAUAAAAACUGCCCCGUGGACAAGCGCCGUCGAAACAGAUGUCAAUACUGCCGAUUUCAGAAGUGUCUCAGCGUCGGCAUGGUGAAGGAAGUUGUCCGCACCGACAGUCUAAAAGGGAGACGAGGCCGCCUGCCUUCCAAACCAAAGAGCCCACUACAGCAGGAACCACCCCAGCCCUCCCCACCAUCUCCUCCUGCCAGCAUGGUGAACGCCCUCGUGCGAGCUUUAUCCGAUUCGGCGCCCAGAGAACUUGACUACUCCAGGUACUGUUCUACCGAGCAGGCUGCUGCGGGUACCGAUGCUGAACAUGUCCAACAGUUCUACAACCUUCUCACGGCCUCCCUUGACAUCUCCAGGAGCUGGGCGGAGAAAAUCCCAGGAUUUAUGGACCUCCCAAAAGAAGAUCAAACGUUACUCAUCGAAUCGGCUUUUUUGGAGCUUUUUGUACUGAGACUGUCCAUCAGGUCUGACACUGCUGAAGAUAAGUUUGUUUUCUGCAAUGGACUCGUGCUUCAUAGACUUCAGUGCCUUCGUGGAUUUGGGGAGUGGCUCGACUCCAUUAAAGACUUUUCCUUAAAUUUACAGAGCCUCAACCUUGAUAUCCCAGCCUUAGCAUGCUUAUCAGCUCUAAGUAUGAUCACAGAACGACACGGAUUAAAAGAACCAAAGAAAGUGCAUGAGCUAUGCAACAAGAUCAUGAGUGGCUUGAAAGAUCACUUAGCCUUCAGCUGCCGGAGCAAAGGGCCGCCUUUCGAGCCCGCAGACGAGUCGAAGGUCCUGGGGGUGCUGGCUGACUUGCGCUCGCUCUGCACGUUAGGACUGCAACGGAUCUUUUACCUGAAGCUGGAGGAUCUGGUGCCGCCCCCCUCCAUCAUCGACAAGCUAUUCCUGGACACCUUGCCAUUCUGAGGGUUUCCGGGGCCGUAGGGGAAGGGGACUGUUUCCCAGAUCAGGCAAAGGGAUUGGGACUGACUUGCUGACAGUGCUGCUCCCAUUUAACCGGGGGUGGGUGGGAAUCCAAGGAUUUCCUGCUCUACACGGUGGACUUUUCCUAAUGCAUUUCCUUGCAAACUGAGGCCUAAAACAUGACUUAACAGUUUU